GCAGUGGUAUUUUCAUGUACAGGAAUUCUAUGCUCUUGUGUCACGGACUCUUGUCGUUGACGCUUUCGUGCCCAAAUGAAGAUGAAACGAUCGAAACUCGAUAUAAUCAACGCUACUGUGGAGUCUUACUUAAAACGGCGGCAUUAUCAUCAGGAGAGUAACGUUUUUCGAAAAUCUGAUCGUGCUGGCUCUCAAACUAGUCAAGAAAUGACCCUAAGUGAAACUGUUCAAUGUGGAACUUCCAGAGACAAUUCCAUAGUCUUUAGUGCAAUCACUAAUGAUGUUGGGGUUGCUGAUCAGGCUUAUCACAAAUUGAAAAUGUGGGUUCAGACAAUAUCGAGUGAAAAACUCAGAGCAGAACUACGAGGAUUAUUGUACCCAAUUUUUUGUCACUUGUAUCUGGAAAUGUUGCACAGUGGUAACCGACAAGCAGCUGCUCAAUUCUUAAGGAUGUACCAAAAUGAUUUUGUCUCUGAUACAGAAAGAGACUUUCUUGAAGAACUCUCUAGUGUUUUUUCUAUCCAAGAUAUAGAACUAAGACCAUUUGUCAAUGCCUUCAGAACCAGAAAAUACAAAGUGGAUAUGUCUGACAAUGCACACUUGUGUCUCCGAAAGUUUCUUGCCAAGCAAGGUCAUGUUAUAUUAAUGCAGGUGAUAAAUACACACGUGACAAUUAUCAAAAAGAUAGAAGUUAAUCCUGACGAAGAUGUGGGUAGAGAUCGUGGACCAAGAAGUGAAUCAGUGAUCAAUGGCCACGUAGAACAACCUUCUGGUACAGGUGUCGAUCGUGAAAUGCGGGAACUCCAAGAAGCUAUUCGCUUGAUCCGCAACAAUGUUCACCAACCUCUGCGUGUCUAUACCAUUAAUAAUGCCAAUGAAAGCGCCAGUUGCGGCGUAAUCACACCUAGCAUGGAUAAACUAGCAGCAGGUUUUAGCACUUCGGAAAUAAGGAUGUGGGGUAUAGGAGACACUGUACUUAUGAGGCCUAGACUCAAAGUGUCUCCAUCUACUUUACCUUCUAAUUAUGCCUCAACUAGCGAGAGCUUUUCUCCUGAGGAUCAUUUGGAUGAAGCGGGAGCCAUUGUAAUGCGGGGGCAUACAGAUGUGGUGCAUGAUUUAAGAUUCAUUCCUGAAGCUGACGUUCUUCUCUCUGUAUCAAGCGACAAAGAAAUGAGAGCAUGGCGACUGAGUGAUUAUUCCUGCGCAGCUGUAUACAAUGGGCACACUUACCCCAUAUGGUGCAUGGAUACCAGCGUUUUUAAUUUGUACGUUGCGACCGGAUCUCACGAUCGUACGGCUAAACUUUGGUCUUUGGACAGAACUUUCCCUCUCAGGAUAUUUGCUGGACAUUUUUUAGAUGUUAAUUGUGUUAGAUUUCAUCCUAAUGCUCGGUAUUUGGCAACCGGCUCUGCGGACAAAACUGUGAGGCUGUGGAGUAAGGACGAUGGUAGCUUGGUCAGAGUUUAUGUAGGUGCUCAAUCGACGAUCUACAGUCUUGCUUUCAGCCCAGAUGGAAAAUAUCUAGCCGCUGCUGGUGAUGACAAAAGUGUAUCGAUAUGGGAUUUAGCAACCAAUACACAAUUGAUGGAACUAAAAGGCCAUCAAGACACAGUUAUGAACUUGGACUGGAGCGCCGAUGGUCAGUACAUCGCUAGUGCUAGCAUAGACGGAGCUGUAAGGCUUUGGUCCACUCAACAACACAUCAACACCAGUAAUGGAGAUAAUGCAAAUACUCAGUCCGGUCCAGACAAGACCCACACAUACCAAACAAGUUGCUCAACCAUUCUAUCGCUACAAUAUUAUCAUAGGAAUAAUUCGCUGGUUUGCAUCGGUACGUCAUAACUCGUAAGUUAGAAUAUACAUCGGUAUACCUGAGCCACCGAUUUUUUUGUAAAUGUUUCGACGAUUCUAAAUACAUCACUUGCCGAAGAGCACUAUCUGGAUACUAUCUACAAUGACCUCUUUGUCUCAUAAUCUAAUGGAGUAUCGGGUGUUUCGAUAUUAUAAUAGUUUGAUUGCGGUAUAAUUUAAUUUGGUCAUUCCUUGAAGUCCCAGAAUUACAGUGCAAACUAAUAAGUUAAUUCAGAACCCGGAUCUACUUGAUGUCAAUAGCAUUUAGUUCAAACGAACCUGAUAUAAUUUAAUGCCCUGAAAUAAUGCUCAUCAAUAAUUACGGUUAGGAAAAUUGGGAAUUGAUGGGGCCUUCCACGCUAAAUCGAAUGUCUUCGUCCCUGACCAUUUUUGUUUCGACCUAUAAAUUUUUUUGAUAUUAGCCUCACCCAGGAAAGGCGAAAAAAGAAUUUUCAGAAUUUUUCAAACAUCCAGCUUGUUUUGAUGGUUUAAGGAAAAAAAAUCUCAUAUUGGCAUGGCAAGUCGAAACAAAAAUGGUCAGGGUUGAGGCGUACAAUGCCCCUUAUACUUAUCGGUACAAGUUAUAAGAUGACGAGAUAUUACGGCUUCUUCAUCAACGACAUUCCGAUCUAACAGAACUCUCAAAUGUUCAACAGAACGAAGUGAACACAUUGUAUGUAACCAUGAAGGGGACAGUAAUUGUGUCCUAAAAUUCCAUACUUUUCACCAUUUUGAAUUUAUAUGCUGUAAAAAUCUCGUGAUCUUAUACAAGUACAUUUAAGAAAUUCAUCAAUAAAAAUUGUGUUGAGAAUGCGUUUCAUUGUCAAAAAACAAUUGAUGCGUCAUGUAAGUUCUUCUUAUGGCCUAAUAAAUAACGGCGUUC